AUGUCCAUCGACAACGCUAACGCUCAGGACUUCCAGCGCGAGCGCUCCCGCUCUCCCCGCCGUCGCUCUAGGUCGCCGCGUCGCAGCCGCCGCUCCUACUCUCCACGUAGCCAUUCCCGCAGCCGCGAGGACUUCCGCCGCACCGACCGCCGUUCCCGAUCGCCAGGUGGAGCUGUCCAGGGUGGUGCCACCUCGUUCACCGGUUCUUACGGCGCGUCUCGAGGAGCGCCGACCCGCAACCCGGAGGAGCGCGUUCAGGCCAAGGAACAGAUGAUGCAGUCUCUUCGGGAGUCGUCCCAGCAGGAUCGCCGCGUCUACGUCGGCAACCUCUCGUACGACGUGAAAUGGCAUCAUCUCAAAGAUUUCAUGCGACAGGCCGGCGAGGUCCUGUUCGCGGACGUGUUACUUCUUCCAAAUGGAAUGUCAAAGUACGCUACUAGGGAACAAGCCCAACAGGCGGUCAACACGCUCAGCAAUCAAAACCUGAUGGGCCGACUGGUCUACGUCCGCGAGGACCGUGAGGCCGAACCCCGCUUCACUGCCCCGCCGGCGCGCGGUGGAUUCGACGGAGGCAUCGGUCGUGGAGGCUUUGGAGGACCCAACUUCGGACCCACCCCGGGUGGUGGUGGCCGACAGAUCUACGUCGCCAACCUCCCCUACAAUGUGGGAUGGCAGGAUCUCAAGGAUCUGUUCAGACAAGCUGCUCAUACCGGCUCUGUGAUCCGCGCAGAUGUUCACGUCGCUCCCGAUGGUCGUCCGAAGGGAUCCGGCAUCGUCGCUUUCGAGACCGCGGAUGACGCCCGCACCGCCAUUCAACAGUUCAACGGAUACGAUUGGCAAGGUCGCCAGCUCGAGGUUCGCGAGGACCGGUUCGCCCAAGCUCCCCCUGGAGGAGGAUUCGGUGGCCGCGGAGGAUUCGGUGGAGGAUUCGGAGCUCGUGGAGGAUUUGGAGGUGCUCGUGGCGGAUUCGGAGGUGCUCGUGGAGGAUUCGGCGGCGGUUUCGGCGGUGGUCGCGGUGGCUUCGGUGGUGGCUUCGGUGCACCUGCUCCGGCUGCUGGUGGCUUCGACGCAGGAGGCGCGUCAAAUCCCCCGAACGAGUUCACCGACUACGCGACCUCUGGCGGAGAGGAGAGCGAGACCAUAUAUGUCCGCAACCUUCCCUGGUCGACCUCCAAUGAGGACUUGGUCGAGCUGUUCAGUACCAUCGGCAAGGUCGGCCGCGCCGAGAUCCAGUAUGAAGCAAAUGGUCGCUCCCGCGGCACAGGUGUGGUCCAGUUCGAGAAGUUGGAGGACGCUGCCACUGCCAUUGCCAAGUUCACUGGAUAUCAGUACGGUGGUCGCCCGCUUGGUCUUUCCCACGUCCGAUACACCAACAUUUCCAAUGGAGGUGAAGCUAUGGAGGGAACCGAGGCUACCGGCGGUCUUACCCAGGAUCAGAUCAUGUAG